AUGUCAACAUUACCCUGGAUUAAAUAUGAUAAUGGACCUUUGUCUGGUAAUGAAAAUCAUGCUGAGCUACCAACUAAUUGUUUCCCUGUACGAAAUAUUUUACGAAGUUCAUCAUCGAAUCAACAAUGGGUUGUAGCAUUACGUGAUACAGAACAACGACGUUUUGCAGCAAUUCUUACAACACUCUCAGCACCAACACCAUUUGAAACUGAAAUAACUCAAACAGAAAUUAAGAAAAAACAACGAUGGGCAGGAAAAGAACAAACUGUUGAACAUUUAUUAGAUGGAUUUUUUAUUAUGCAUCAUUGUGCGAUUGAAGAUCCAUCAAAUGUUGUAAUUUUACGUGUCAAUGGAUUAGAAUUGCAAGAUGUUACAGAAGAAGAUUUUUUAUUAUUUGAUAAUGUUUUACAAAUUGAUGCAAGUGAAAAUCAAUUACCAUUUCAUGGUUUUAAAACUUUUCCACAAUUAAUGCAACUUGAUUUAUCAUUCAAUCAAAUUAAAAAUAUAAAAAUCAAUGUAAACGAUUAUGAAACACUUGAAGAAUUAAAUCUUUCAUUUAAUAAUUUAACAAUGCAUGAUAUUGAAACAUUAGGAAUGUUACCAUCAUUACGUACACUUCAUGCAACUGGUAAUGAUCUUGUUGGAUUACCACGUCGAUUCGCUAAAUCUUAUAUAUAUACUGAUAUACAUGGAAAAGAAUAUGUUAAAGAACGUUAUCCUCGACUUGAAGAAUUAUAUCUUAAUCAAAAUAAAUUUGUCGAAGAUGAAUUAUUUAUUUAUCUAUCAUCUUUAAAAAAGCUCAAACGUCUUCAUUUACAAAAUAAUCAUAUUCAUACAAUUCCAUUUUUAAAAGUUCUACAAGGCCGUCAAAUCGUUCAAGAAUAUUCGAAAUCAGCAAUGAAACGAAAACGUACUGAGAAUUCUAAUUCAUCUGGAAAUUCUAAUCAAGAUAUAACUGCUUCUAGUAAUGAUGAUAUCGUAAAGAGUACAAUAUUCGAAGAGGAUGAAGAAAAUGUUUCAAGUGAUCAAAAGCAAACUACUAUUGCUAGCACAGAUCAAGAGAUUUCAUUACCACCAUUUCCUGAAUUACAAUAUCUUGAUCUAAGUUCAAAUUUGAUUGAAGAUGAAGAUGAUGUAAUGGCUAUUGCAUCAUGGCCAAGUUUGACUGAAAUUAUUCUUGUUGAUAAUCCACUUAUUCAACGACAUGUUGGACUUCCACCUUUAAUUGAAAAUUUUCUAAUUGAUAGACUUGGAAUGAAAAUUCAUCGAACUAAUCCAUCUUUAAAAUCUGAAAAACAAUUUUAUGCUAAACCAAUUAAAAAACAUCGUAAAGUUAAUACUCGUGUAGCUAAAGUUCCAAAAAUUCCUAUUGAUCAAUUAUUAUCCGGUGCUGUCAAACAAUAUAUUGAUUAUGUUAAAACUGAUACUGAUGUAACAACAAAUGAACGAGCAUUAACUGGUAUUAGUGAACAGAAUUUUUCAUCAGAUGAGGAUAAAUUUAAAACUAAUGAUUCAACUUUAAAUGACAUUGAAAAUAAAUAUAAUAAUGAUACAUCAACUGAUAAUUUAAAUUCCAAUGAACAAACAGAAAAUAUUUUUAUGACUGAAUUUGAAAAUGAAGAUAUUUAUCCAAAUGAAACAACUAUAGAACAAUCGAAUCGAUCGGAAUCAAAAGAACAAACACAAACUUCACUUGUAUCGAAUGAAAAAUUUAAAGGUUUUGAAAUCUUUCUUGAUAUUGACAAUGAAAAGGAUAUUCCUGUACCAAAUAAUGUUAUUCAUUGCGUGCGUGAUUUAAAACAAAUUUUACGUAAUCCAUUAGUUAUUAGGCAUGACAAAGUCCAGGUUGAUCGUGUUCAACGUACAUUUGUUCCACAGAGAAUGGAGCGUACUUUACCACCGAUUAAAUUACCUAAUAAACCUAAAAUUGAAGAAAUUAAUAAAUUAUUAGAUAUAAUACGUGAUCGAAAAACAAUUAUUGAUCAACCACUUGGUCAAAUACUUAAUAAUAAUAAAGAUAAAGUAAGUCAAAGACGUGCAAAAUCUCUUGUUACUGAAAUUCAACGUCAUUAUGAACAAGUACGAAGUAUAUCAUUACGAUCUGUUCGCACACCAGGUACAACAUUAGAUCGAGCUAUUAAUCGAUUACAACGAUUUGAUACAAAUAUAUCAUUAAAAAAACCAAAUACUGACACUUGA